CCGGAUUUGGCCAUCCAUGUGUGAUUCAAGUCAUUUUGGCUCAAGUGUCUUGGUCUGGUCAUGUUUUUUCAGAUUAAAGUCGCGCAGUAUUCCUACUUAGAAAAAGGGUGCUUCAGGGCCGCCAAAGCAGCGCGUUCUGGAAUAAAGAGACCCCUGGGCCGUCAGCAGUUGACUUGCAGCCUCGGGAGACGACGUCCAAUAUUCCGAUGAACGCUUUAAUCGAGAAGUUGCCGCUGAUCAUUGCAUGGUUCACGGCGUUCUCCAUGCGCAUCGUGGUGCUCCCCGAGGUAUGGUCGUUCUACGUGCCCGUGGUCUCCCCUGUGUACGGAUCGGCGGCACACUGGUUGCGCUCCUCCUGGCGUACCCAUGCAAUUCUGGCUCACGUGCUCUCGGGCGUCUUGACGGUGCUGUGCGGCAUCGUUCAGCUGGACAAGCCGCUCCGUCGUGCGCGGCCAGGGCUGCACCGGUGGUCGGGGCGGCUAUACAUGGUUGCGGGGGCGAUUAUGGUGCUGACGCUUCGGCCACUCCGCGAGACCAGCGGCGGUUUCGCGCGCCCAGGUGACGGAGCGAGCCCGGCGAUGGCCCUGUUCAUUGAUGCCACCACAGUGGCGUGGUUUGCGUCGGCGGUGCUGGCCGUGUUUUACGCCGCAGUGCGGCGCGAUUUCAUUUCCCACCGGCGGUGGGCCGCCACAAAUUUCGCGGUAGUCUUGACGCCGCUCGCGCAGCGCAUCUCCCUGAUGCUGAUAGUGCCCGCCGCCAUCGCUGGUCGAUUGAUGCGUGACGCCCUUGUGCACGGCCUGCCGUUUUGGAGCUCAGCUUGGGGAGUGGCACCGCAGACAUGGAGCGGACCGCCGUCUGCGCCCAAAGUUUUGAGCUUCGAGGGCUACGGCGUGGCAGAGAACAUGGUGUUCCCAUAUCCGGGCACGGCGGCGGCUUCCGCGUGGCUGGGCUUCUCGCUGGUCGCGGCUGCAGCUUCCCUGGCCGCUUGGGCGAAGGACAGCCCUCCAACCGCGGCGGCCGUUGACGCGGACGUCAUCGGCGCCGACGAGGGCGGCGGUGGCCGUGCCAGGGGGGCGAGCGGCUGCAGGACCACCGGCGGGGCAGGCGCGAACAAUCGCCCCUGCGGCGCUGGGCGUCCCCCCCGCUGCCUCGGGGCGUGCUCUGGGGGGCCGGCGCGCUGCUCGUGCCGGCGAGCUACGCGGGCAUCGUGGCGAACACCGCCGCCACCGCUGUUGCCAUAUGGUCGGCGGAUUUGUGUGGAAGGCCGCCAUUCUGGUCAUCCCGGCGCUGCUCUCGCUUUUUCUGCUGCUGGUGCGCCUCGUGCUCGACGGCAACCUCGCGGGCACGCUCGAGGUCGGAGCUGCUUACUUGCAAAACCAGUUUCACCUUUGAUCGCCUGGAACGCGCUUGUCCACCUGACCGAGCCCAGAUGCGCUUGCGCAGCCGACAAAGAACCGGACAGCAGCGGGCCAUCACAGCCAGGCGAGCCGAGGCGCACUGGGCCCCGCCCGAGGCGCAGCGGCCUCGAGAGGCCUCCAGGAGAGGAGGUCCAGGCAGUACACUAUGCCCGCUCCGCAAAAA